CCGGAGCCGAGCGAGGUUCAAUCCACGAGCCGAGCGGAGCCGGUCCAGGCCGGAGGCAGAGGGGUUAAGAGGCCGGACCGGACCGGACAGGACAGAACCGGACAGGACCGGGCCGCUACUGAACAGGGCCUCCUCCCGGCAGGCCUCCAGGCCUCCCCUGGCCGUUGGCGCAUGUUGGAAUAGCAGGCCCCGCCCCGGGCCUCGACGAAGUGGACGAUGGAGGCCGGCCGGCUCAGCCUGUCCUUAGCCCUCAGCUUGCUGCUCCCCCAGCUCUGCCUGGACCAGAAGAUGGGCCCCCGCCGUUCGCGGCCGGCCCCUCCGCCGGAGGCCGGGGGCGUGGCGGGGGUCCCCGGGGGGUCCUGGGGCCCGUGGGAGCCGUGGGCUCCUUGCUCGCAGCCCUGCGGGCUCGGGGUGCAGCGCCGGGCCCGGACCUGCCGGCCGCCCCCCGCCCUGUCGGCGACCCCCGGCUUCCUCCCCCGCGCCCCGGACGCCCUCCCCCUCUACAAGCCGCAGCCCCGGGAGAGGGGGCGGGGGAGGGGCGGGCCCCUGCCGCCCCCCCCGGGGACGGACCAGCUCCGAGAGACCCCUUCCGCCGCCCGAAGAUCACGGGUGCGAGAGCCCAUCAAACCGGGGAUGUUUGGGUAUGGGCGAGUCCCCUUCGCCCUGCCCCUGCACCGGCCCCGUCGACACCCCCGGAAGCCUCCGCCGGCCUCGCCUCCCCCGACCCUGGGGACUCGGGCUUCUGACGCCCAAGCCCCCGCGACGCGGCCCCCUCGCUCCUCCAGGACGGAGCCCCCGCAAACAGAGCCACCCCUCACCCAGCCCCCCGGGCCCGGACCGCCUGGCACGGAAUCAUUGCCGCCAAACCUCCUGCCACAAACCCACCCCCUCCGCUCCGAGCUGCCCCCUAAAACCCAGGCCCCCAAGACCCCACCUCCCAAAGCCCAGGCCCCCAGAGCCGAGCUCCCUCAGACGGCACCCCCAGAAAAAAAGCCCCCCCAGACGGCACCCUCCCGAGCCAAGCCCUCUCCGGUCCAGCCCCCCAUCACCCCGUCCUUCAGGAAUCCGACCCCCAAAACCAUGCCAGCCCGGGCCCGCCUCCUGCAGGGGCCUCAGCAGGGAGGACGGCGGGCCCAGGGGCGGGAGGAGGAAGCAGUGUGGUCCGGGGGGCGGCCCUGGAUGGCCCGGGGGGAGUCGAACCCCCCCAGCUCAGGUGACUGGCUGCCGCUGCUGAGCUCCGGCCUCCCCAGGCCCCCCGGUCACCCCGGCCCACCCGGGCCCCUCUGGAACCUGUUUGCCCCGGUCUCCUCUGCUGUUCUGUGCCCCGGGGAGAAGGAGCAGCUUCGAGCCUGCAGCCAGGAGCCCUGCCCCCCGGACCGUCCGGACCCCCGGGCCCUGCAGUGUGCCGCCUUCAACCCGCAAGAGUUCAUGGGGCGACGCUACGUGUGGGAACCUUUCACGGAGGUGCAGGGCUCCCAGCGCUGCGAGCUCAACUGCCGCCCCCGCGGCUUCCGCUUCUACGUCCGGCACACGGACACGGUCCAGGACGGGACGCCCUGUCACCCCGGGGCCGCGGACAUCUGCGUGGCCGGCCGCUGUCUGAGUCCCGGCUGCGAUGGGCUCCUGGGGUCGGAGCGUCGUCCGGACACCUGUGGCGUGUGCGGGGGGGACGGCUCUUCCUGCCGCCUGGUGUCGGGGAACCUGACGGAGCCGGGGCAGCCCCUCGGCUACCAGAAGCUGCUGACCGUCCCGUCCGGGGCCACCCGGCUCCGCCUCGCCCAGCUCCGCCACACCAACAACUACCUCGCCCUGCGCGGCCCCGGGGGCAAAUCCAUCAUCAACGGGAACUGGGCCGUGGACCCGCCCGGAAGCUACCCCGCGGGCGGGACCGUGUUCCGGUACCAGCGGCCGCCCCGGGAGGACGGGGCCGGAGAGAGCCUGACCGCCGAGGGGCCCACCACCCACCCCGUGGACGUCUAUAUGAUCUUCCAGGAGGAGAACUCGGGGGUCUCCUAUCAGUACCUCAUAUCCUUGCCCCUCCCGGACCCCGGGGCCCCCCCAACGGAGACCCCCGGGCCCCGGCUCCAACCAGGAGCCUUGGCAUUGAACUCCCGGCCUGGCCCGGCCCCCCGCCCGGCCCGGCCCCCGGGGAUCCUGCAGCGGCAGGUCCGGAUCCCGCCGCUGCCCGCCCCGCCUCUCCCGGGACCCCAGUUCGGGACACCGGCCGGCUACUGGAGACGAUCAGGGCAGACCGACUGCUCCACCUCCUGUGGAAAAGGAGUCUGGAGCCCCGUGUUCCAGUGCACGUCCCGCCAAGGGAGGGAGGAGCUGGACGAGAGCGAGUGCGCUCCCAACCCCCGGCCACCCGCCACCCCGGAGUCCUGCCACGGGCCCCCGUGUCCACCAUACUGGGAGACGGGCGAGUGGACACCCUGCAGCCGGUCGUGCGGGCCGGGCAGCCAGCACCGCCAGCUCCGCUGCCGCCAGGACUUCGGGGAGGGCAGCUCGUCCGUGCCGCCCCAGCGCUGUGCCCGCCUCGCCCCGCCCAACGCCACCCGUCCCUGCCAGCAGCGCCUCUGUGGGCACUGGGAGGUGCAGUCCACAUGGAGCCAGUGCUCGGUGCGUUGCGGGAAGGGCCUGCGGAGCCGCCAGGUUCGCUGCGUCAGUAACCAGGGCAACGAGGUGAGCGAGGCCGACUGCCGCCCCGGACCCCCCAGGCCCCCCAGCAGCCAGCCCUGCCACAUGGGGCCCUGCGCCCACACCUGGUUCCACAGCGCCUGGAGCCCCAAGUGCUCGGCCGACUGCGGGACGGGGAUCCAGCGUCGCUCGGUGAUCUGCCUGUGGAGCGGGGGCGCGGGGGAGGGCGAGGGGCCGGGGGGCGGCGGCGAGUGGGGGCCGGGGGAGGGGAGCUGCCCCCCCGCCAGCCGCCCCGCGGAGAUGCGGGCCUGCAGCUCGGGACCCUGCCGGGACUCGCGGGUUUGGUUCGCCGGACCCUGGGGCGAGUGUUCGGUGGAUUGCGGGCCCGGCAGCCAGCGGCGAGACGUGAUCUGCGUGCGGAGGCGGGGGGCCGAGACCUCGGUGGUCCCCCCGGCCGAAUGCUCCUCCCUGCCCCGGCCCCCCACCCUGCAGCCCUGCCAUGGGGGAGACUGCACAGACCGCUGGUUCUCCACCGCCUGGAGCCCUUGUUCGCGCUCCUGCCUGGGGGGCGUCCAGCUGAGGGAGGUCCAGUGCCUGACGGUCAACCGGACCCUGAGCGCCCGCUGCCCUCCCGCCCUCCGCCCGCCCCGCAGACAGUCCUGCAACAACCAACCCUGCAGCCAGCGUCCGGAUGACCGCUGCCAAGACUCGUCUCCGACCUGUUCCCUGGUGGUCCAGGCCCGCCUCUGCGUCUACCCCACCUACCAAGCGUCCUGCUGCCGCUCCUGCUCCCUCGCGCCGGCCCCGCCCCGGGGGACCCCCGAGCCGGGCUGAGAGGGGGCAGGGGGCAGAGACGCCCCCCUCGACACGCACCUUCCCGAGGCCCGACUCCCUCCAUCUCCCCGCGUGUAUCCUGGCACUGCGGCUCGAGGAGGGUCUAGGGGAGGGCAGGUGUGUUUGAGCCGUGGGGGGGGGGGGGGUAGGUCGCUUUAGGGGUGUGUGUGUGUGUCUUUGUGGGUAGAGAGUCGGGGGAGAUUUCGGGAUGAAUCGGGAGGCGCCUGUGACGGGCGGAGAUGGUUAGGAGCAGGGACGCUAACUUGGUGACGGCGGAAAGAGAGCAGGGAUUUUAAUGGGGCCUGUGGGGAUGGAAAGGAGACAGGAGGCCAAAUGCUAACGGGCCAGAAAGCUGCCAUUCUGGGGUCUUUUCAACCCCCGUGGAGGGGGCCCUUGGGGAUGCGAGUCUAUGUGUGUUCACGUCCGUGUCCAUCCAGGCAGGAGGUGUCCUCGCUGACGUUGGUUGAACCCCCGGAAAUGUACUUCCCAUUCCCCGAGACUUCCGAGGGGCCCCGGUCCCGGCCAGGCCGCCCUUCCCGCGCCCCGAAACUGUAUUUGCCGUCCCCUGGGCCCCAGCUACGUCCCCCAGGCUCUGCCCCCCACCCCCACCCCGCCAUUUGCCCGCCACACACCGUGUCCCUGGUGCUGGGGAUGGGGGACGGGGAGCAGGUGGACUACAUACAUCCCACCCUCCCCACCCCCGACUUCUCCCAAGUCCCACC